AUGUCUCGGCUCUUGAAUCAGAUUCCAGCUUCCUGUGUUCCCAAGGCGCCUGUUAGCAAACGUCGGCGGAACUCCUUCGCCCGCAGCCUCCGGCGCAUUUCUGACCCUCUCCGGCUGCAGAGGAGGAAGCGGAACGAGGCCGUAGCCCAGACAGUCUCUCCCCGGCGUCCCUGCUUUCUGAGGCUGCGGCAGGGGGGGCCCCCCCCCAGAUGGGAAAGCGCCCACAGCCUGUGCUUCAGCUGCGCCCACCGCAUCCUGGUGUCCAGCUGCUCCUCCGGCGAGCCCCUCGCUGCCUUCCAGUGCCCCACCUGCCGCUAUGUCAUCUCCCUGAGCCCCCGCGGCCUGGAGGGCCUCAAGCGGAAUGUGACCCUGCAGAACAUUAUCGAGCGCUUCCAGAAGGCCUCCCUGAGCGGCCCCAACUCCCCCAGCGAGAGCCGCAGAGAGCGGGCGCGCCGCCGGAGCCCGGCCAUGUCCAGCGACAGGGUGGCCUGCCAGUUCUGCGAGCAGGAGCCGCCGCGGGACGCCGUGAAGACCUGCAUCACCUGCGAGGUGUCCUACUGCGACCGCUGCCUGCGGGCCACGCACCCCAACAAGAAGCCCUUCACCAGCCACCGCCUGGUGGAGCCCGUGCCCGACGCGCACUUCCGUGGGCUCACGUGCCUGGAGCACGAGAACGAGAAGGUGAACAUGUACUGUGUCGCCGACGACCAGCUCAUCUGUGCCUUAUGCAAACUGGUGGGGCGCCACCGGGAUCACCAGGUGGCGUCGCUGAGUGACCGAUUCGAGAAGCUCAAGCAAACCCUGGAGACGAACCUCACCAACCUGGUGAAACGCAACAGCGAACUAGAAAACCAGAUGGCCAAGCUGAUACAGAUCUGCCAGCAGGUGGAGGUGAACACGGCCAUGCACGAGGCCAAGCUGAUGGAGGAGUGUGAUGAGCUCAUGGAGAUCAUCCGGCAGCGCAAGCAGGUGAUCGCGGUGAAGAUCAAGGAGACGAAGGUUAUGAAGCUGAGGAAGUUGGCCCAGCAGGUCGCUAACUGCCGGCAGUGUCUGGAGCCCUCCACAGUUCUCAUCAAUCAAGCGGAGCAUAUUCUGAAGGAGAACGACCACGCCCGGUUCCUGCAGACCGCCAGGAACGUGGCCGAGAGGGUCGCCAUGGCAACUGCAUCCUCUCAGGUGCUGAUACCAGAUAUCAAUUUUAACGAUGCCUUUGAAAACUUUGCUUUAGACUUUUCCAGAGAAAAGAAGCUGCUGGAGGGGCUGGAUUAUCUAACAGCACCCAAUCCGCCGUCUGUCCGAGAGGAGCUCUGCACGGCUUCCCACGACACCAUCACCGUCCACUGGCUCUCGGAGGACGAGUUCAGCGUCAGCUCCUAUGAGCUGCAGUACACCAUCUUCACCGGCCAGGCCAACUUCAUCAGUCUGUACAACUCCAUGGACAGCUGGAUGAUUGUCCCCAACAUCAAACAGAACCACUACACCGUGCACGGCUUGCAGAGCGGCACCCGCUACAUCUUCCUGGUGAAGGCCAUAAACCAGGCUGGCAGCCGGAACAGCGAGCCGGCCAGGCUCAAGACAAACAGUCAGCCCUUCAAGUUGGAUCCCAAACUGGCUCACAAGAAGCUGAAGCUGUCCAACGACGGGCUGCAGAUGGAGAAGGACGAGAGCUCCUUGAAGAAGAGCCACACGCCCGAGAGGUUCAGUGGGACUGGGUGCUACGGCGCUGCAGGCAACAUCUUCAUCGACAGCGGGUGCCAUUACUGGGAGGUGAUGGUGGGGUCCUCCACCUGGUACGCCAUUGGCAUCGCCUAUAAGUCAGCCCCCAAGAACGAGUGGAUCGGCAAGAACUCCUCCUCCUGGGUCUUCUCCCGCUGCAACAGCAACUUUGUGGUGAGACACAACAACAAGGAGAUGCUGGUGGACGUUCACCCGCAGAUGAAACGCCUGGGCGUGCUCCUGGAUUACGACAACAAUGCCCUGUCCUUCUACGACCCGGCCAAUUCCCUCCAUCUCCACACCUUCAGCGUGUCCUUCGUCCUGCCCGUGUGCCCCACCUUCACCAUCUGGAACAAGUCGCUGAUGAUCCUGUCAGGCCUGCCAGCGCCGGACUUCAUCGAUUACCCAGAGCAGCAGGAGUGUAACUGCCGGCCGCAGGAGUCCCCAUACGUCUCAGGGAUGAAAGCCUGCCACUGAGCAGCAGCCAGCUCCAGGGCGGAGCACGGGGAAGGCUCCUAGGGCUUCUGAGCAGCUGGACUGGAAAGCAGGCCCUGCCGCCAGGGACCCCGCGCUCUGCCAGCGAGCCCCCUUCCCCCCGCCACGGGAAACACGAAACUUUGCAGGCGAUGGAAAUAGACUUCGUGGCGGAACUCCGUUUGCGCGGGAGGGGAUUGCGAAACUCUGGUGGUGGCAGGGGAGCGUUCCUCCAGCUGGACCGUCCCGCUGCUCAUUUGGGGCGAGUGGAGAGGGGGAUGGGCAGUGCGGGUUGCAGGGACCUUUAGGAGAUGUGGGGAGGGGACGGGGUGGCCUGGUAGAGGAGCAGGCCAACUGGCUCCGUUCCGGGGGGGGGGGCCACCAGCCGUGUCUCAGGAAGGAUCCGUCCCGGCAGCGGCACAGCUUUCGGUGCCACCCAGCAAGGUUGCCACAGCCACGUGGAGCCAGUCACGCCCUCGCCAACUUCCGAGGGUGGGACCCGCUGGGAGCAGCUGCGUGUUUAACUGGCGGGGUGCACGGCUCCUGCCGCUCGAGGGGGGCUGAGACCUGAAAUCCAGCUCUCCCCGGCGCUCCCUUUCCUUCCGUUGUCACUGCUCCUAUGGGAGGCUCUGCCUCGAUAGCCAGGGAGGCUCCGGCCCCGCUCGGGCGGGCACCCAGUCUGUGUGAAAUGCACCAGCGGAGGUGGUGGGCGGUGGAGAGCCAGGACCCACCAAGCAACGCUGCUGCUUGGCCCAGAGCUAGGUUGAGACGUGGCUGUCCCCAGCCUCUCCUGGGAUAGCCUAGGCCGCCCCCUGGAAAGCGUGUGUGCCCUGGGAGUGGGGCAGGAGCCCCGAGGGACCUGGGGCUGCCCCCAGGCAGGGGGAGGGGAGGCUGGCCAGGCAGCAUGUCUCCAGAGAAGCAGAAAGCCAGUGGAUGUGAGGUGUGACUACUGUAGAGCACAAGGACUGUUCAUUAUUUAUGACCUAGAGCUGGAUCGCGGCCCCGCGCAGCCCUGCUCUGAAUGCACUUUCUCCUCUGGGCGCCGGGGGGGGCUGGGCUCCAAGGCAGGAAAACCCCGAGGACAGUUGUGAGCACGGCAGCGUGGCCUACAGCGUUCUCUGGCCAGGGCCGGCAACCCCACCCCCUCGCACGCAGAGACUUGCCCCAUGCCUUUGUGCCCCCCAUGUCCCGCCUGGUCUGACCCCGUCGGGCUGGGACCUCAUGCCCUCACUGGAACCAGGACUGAGCAGGGACGACCGGCC